AUGGAGAGACUCUCAUCUCAGCCCCCAACUUACGGAAACCUCAUCACCAUUCUCAGCAUUGAUGGAGGUGGUAUCAGAGGGAUCAUCCCUGGCACUAUCCUUGCUUACCUUGAGUCCCAACUUCAGGAGUUGGAUGGUGAGGAUGCAAGACUUGCAGAUUACUUUGACGUGAUUGCAGGAACCAGUACUGGUGGCCUUGUGACUGCCAUGUUAACAGCUCCAGAUGAAAAUAAUCGUCCUAUAUUUGCUGCUAAAGAUAUCAAGCCCUUUUAUCUCGAAAAUUCUCCAAAAAUUUUUCCACAGAAAAGGGGCAUGUUUGCAUCACAUAGAAACAGAUUGAACUUAUUAGUAGGACCCAAGUAUGAUGGGAAGUAUCUUCAUCAAGUUGUAAGGGAGAAACUAGGAGAGACACGAUUGCAUCAAACCUUAACCAAUGUUGUCAUUCCUACUUUCGAUAUCAAGACUUUGCAGCCAACUGUUUUCUCCACUUAUGAGGCGAAACAGUACCCCUUUCUGAAUGCAAGACUAUCAGACAUAUGCAUUAGCACAUCUGCAGCUCCAACUUAUCUUCCUGCCUACCAUUUUAAUAACAACGAUAACGAAGGGAACGUUUGGGAAUUCAAUCUUAUUGAUGGUGGUGUUGCAGCAAAUAAUCCGGCUUUAGUUGCCAUAUCCCAGAUAACCAAAGAGGUUUUCAGUGGAAAUUCAGAUUUCUUCCCUAUUAAGCCUAUAGACUACGGACGCUUCCUGGUGAUCUCAAUAGGCACCGGCUCUGCAAAGGUGGAACAGAAAUACAGUGCGAAAAUGGCAGCCAAAUGGGGUGUUUUGAGUUGGUUAGUUCACAAAGGUUCCACCCCACUAGUGGAUGUUUUCACUCAAGCAAGUGCUGAUAUGGUUGAUUUCCAUAUUUCUGUGGUUUUUCAAGCUCUUCACUCUGAAAAAAAUUACCUUCGAAUACAAGAGGACAGGUUAACUAGGACAAACUCCACCGUUGAUGUUGCUACUAAGGAAAACUUGGACAAACUAGUGGAGAUUGGAGAAAGGUUGUUAAAGAAACCAGUUUCACGAGUGAAUUUGAAGACAGGUCUUGCUGAGCUAGUUAAAAAUGGUGGCACAAAUGAGGAUGCUCUCAAAAGGUUUGCAAAAUUACUUUCAGAUGAAAGAAAACUUAGACAGCAAAAACUACCAAGCUCUUACAAGGGCUUAAAGUAG